AAGCGAAAAUGAAGCCAAUGACGUUUUGCGCAUGCCCACGGAGAGGUAUAGGAGCAACAAGGAAAAAGUGCUAGCUAGCUAAAGACAAAGGACCAAACAACCGCAGGAAAAGAGCAGAAAAGGUUGAUUCGAGAGGAUUAUGACCACCCAAACGGGUAUUACACGAAGAAAAAGCUGUUUUCCAAGGAUUGCUUUCCAUUGAGCCUCAACCACCCCGUCUGCUUCAUAGUUUCCCUCAGCUUGAUGUCUGGUGCUGCUUGGGGAUACUAGAGAUGGAGAGAACUGCAGUGCUCAAGUGACUGGGAGAAAGUCCUGAACACUUGUAAAACUAGCAAUAUGGAGGAAGUUGAAAGAAGAGACACACUCUGCGUUUUUGGACUUUGCAGUUUUUAAGCUGACACGUCUGGAUAAUUUCUUACAUCUAAUGAUUUUCACGGGAAACUCCUCCUGAUCUUCGGCACUCCACACUUGAAUCUUUAUACCGUUUUUUUUAUUCCUCCUCAACAUUUAUAGCGACGGGUGUAGUGACCUUCGUCUUAUUUCACUCCAGCCAGGAACUACCCCUCCUCUCCUCACGCCCCUCCAGCACCUGAGAGGUCGCAAUGAUGAUGGUUGCUGUGGCUGCGUAACCACAACGAUGGGGAGUGCUCCAUGUUCCGGAGGGAAGGCGAGGGCAGUUGUGGGGCUGCAGGACCUAGGCUGUAUGCCUUGGAAGGUCAGCAAACAGAAAGGGGAGGGAGGGGGUGAUGUUGAGGGUCCAGGGGGAGGGGAAGAGAAGUCAGACCUGAGGCCAUACCUCUCUCCUGCCCAGGCUCCACCCCCUCCAGCUAUUUACCACGAGAAGCAGCGCCGGGAGUUGUGUGCUCUGCAUGCUCUCAAUAACGUCUUCCAAGACAGGGCAGCUUUCAGCAGAGACACAUUGCAGGACAUUUACCAGAGACUCUCCCCCGGCACCCUGGUGACACCUCAUAAGAAGAGCAUGCUGGGAAAUGGGAACUAUGACGUGAACGUCAUCAUGGCGGCCCUGCAGACUCGGGGGUUUGAGGCCGUGUGGUGGGAUAAAAGAAGAGAUGUGGCCAGUAUAGCUCUCACCAACGUGACAGGCUUUAUCCUCAAUGUGCCGUCCAACCUGCGUUGGGGACCUCUCCGUCUUCCUCUCAAACGCCAGCACUGGAUUGGUGUACGAGAGGUGGGUGGGGUCUACUACAACCUGGACUCCAAACUGCGCAGCCCACACACCAUCGGGAACCCUGAUGAGCUCAGGAAGUUCUUGCGUCACCAGCUGAGAGGGAAGAACUGUGAACUGCUAUUGGUUGUCUCUGAGGAUGUGGAGGUUCACCAAACCUGGAGGUCGGAGGGCUGCCCGACCAGCCAAUGAUAUCUCAUGAUGUUGCUCAGGACACAGGCAUGGUCCAAUCAGGGGACAGUGGGAUGAGGAAGAGUUAUGCUCAGCCAAUCCACAGGGAGGCAGUCAAGCCAGACUUCCUUAGUUUGUUUUGUUUACAUUGCUGGAAUCUGGCUGAAGCGAUGAAGGAUUCGAACACAUACAGGGAAAUCACUCAGAAUCACACUACACACAAAACACACAGAUCUACGAACCUUUAUGUUCGGUGUUUGGGAUUCUAAUGUGUUUUUAUAGAUAUUGACUAUUUUUCAAUGUCAUUUUUGAUUUAGAUUUUUUGUACAUUAACCGUUUCCAGUUGUUUCUAAGUGUGGGAGGUGUGUAAUAUGACUCCUCUCCUUCCUGUGUCAUUAGCUGUUUCUGCUCAAGUCCUGUACUCACAGAUGUCUUUCGUGUGGCUCUCCUCUCUCUGUCUCUCUCUUUGCAUUUCUCUCCCUCCCCCUAUUUCUCUCACCAGAUGUGUCUUUCCUAGCUUCACUGUAAUUGUGUAUGUUCAUCUCAUCUCAGCCUUUCUCUCAUUCUGACAUCACCUGUUCACUUUUCAGGCCUCCACUCUGCCAAAACAGAUCCUGAAUCACAGGCACAAACAGUAUCAGGUCUGUACAAACACAGUGUGUGUAUGCUGUACAUACAUACUGUACGACUGCAAGGUAAUGAAGCAAAUGCCAAGCACUUCUGCCACCAUACUGUCUUUGUAGACAUCCUCUUAUGUUGUAGCCAGUCUCAGAAAGCAGACCCCAGUCUCUGCAAGUAGAGACUGUACAGUAGCCAAUGAAAAGUGUCCUGUAUCAUGGGUCAUGUCACAGCUCCUGCGUAUCACAGGGUCUCUGUAGCCGAUAAGCUGGAAUGUCCUCUGUUUGGGUCAGAGCUGGAUCCAAACCAGAACUGGGGUUUCCCUUAACUAUGAUGUGUUAAAGUCAUAUCAUUAUGGGAGACUGACAGCAGAGACCUUUCUCUGCAAAUAUCAGAUGUCCGCAUGCCAAAUUCUCAGUUGUGAAAUCUGUAGGCCUGUACUGUUCAACCCAGGUGGAGGAUGGUCAAGCGACAAUGCAUUGUGGAUAGCUGUGACUGUGUCUUGGCUAGGGAUGAGACACUUCACAUCUGACAAGCUGAGGGAGUUUAGGGGAAUUCGAGCCUGUUACAUGAUAAUAGUAGGCAGUAGCAGAGGGAGCCAUUUAGAAACUGAAAAUUAGUUUGGAGAGUGACAUUGAGGGGAAAAUGAAAGUUGGUGGUUGUCCAGUCAGAUAUGUGUUGUUUUUUGUUGUUGAUGUUUUGAAAUCAGCCUUAGGAGAGAUUUGUGUUGGUGGCUUUGUAGCUGUCAUCACAGCAGAGCUGUGUGUAUUUUUGAAGAGUGAUAGAUAUGGCCUUAACUUGUUUACAAAAGAAGCAGUUAUUCUCUCUUCACCUAAAGAAGAGAUAUAUUUAACCCUGGUCCUUAUGGGCUUGGUUUGUGGAAAUGUACUUUUACCCAUAUUGAAUAUGUAAUACUUUGCCUAAUGUUGCUGUGGUCACAACUGACAAGUCAUUUGAUUGCUGGACUUGAGAUGGGGCAGUCCACAAAUUGGAUACAUAAUCCCAUCACUACUACACAGAAAGUUAUUAAUGUUGUGAAUUUUUGCUUUAUGCCAUGACAAUCCUACCCACCUCUCCUGUCACAGGGUCCUGGUUCUUUCACGGUUUUUUCUUGUUUUCCACAGAAAUAAAAUGCUUGUAAUGGCACUUUAUGUAUACCCUCAA